AUGGCAGCCUCCCCGAGCAACCUCAUCGCCCUGGCCGGUGAAUCGCCGCCCACGCAGCCCUCUUCCUACGAAGACUCGGGCCGCCUUCACCAUGGCUGGACCGCCCAGAGAGCCUUCAUGACGCCGUCGCCGGCAUCGCCCUCUCCGCCCACCAGUCACCCGAGGCGUCCUCUCAGCUACCAGAUGGAUCCCCAUUUCGUCUCGCCAGACAACAUGCCCCGGCCCUCUUCGACUGCCGCCCACCACCGCCGGAGCUCCCUCCACUCUCCGGUCCCGUACUCCCACACGCACUCCCGCAUCGGCUCGCAUCCCCCUCCGCUCCCCCACCAGCCCCAGGCUCACUUCUACGGCGUCUCAGACCUCGACCUCACCCUCAAGCCGCAGUCCGGUAUGAAGCCCGGCGACCACGGACUUUAUUUCGGCUUCGACAAGCUCCCGAGCCCUUACAGCACCGCUGGUUCUACAAGUGUCGUCUUGGCCGGCUACCAGGGCGGGUUGGAGGUUUAUGGCGUCAGCAAGAGGGGGUUGGAGCACAUCGCCAGCCUCAAGGGCCUGCGGGGUGGUGUCCAUUACGCCAAAAUCCUUCCGUGGACGGUGGGCGGGGACAAGGACUCUGUGUUCCCCUUGGUCGCCCUGGUGGUGCAUGGGCCUGUGCUCCCCCAGCGUCCAGCUUCGGCGGCAAGCCCGGACGAUGAUGAAGACGCCGCGACCAAGGCCGACGGUGCGACGAGCCCCCGGUCUGCUUAUGCUCACCACGACGCCUUCUCGGGUCGCGGUGGCCAGAGCGGCCAAGUGAUUGAAGCCUACCAGACAGCCGUCGAAAUUUACUCGCUCAAGACAAAUAAGCUCGUCGACGUCCUGCUACAGGCUCCAACCAUUCCCAUCAGCGCAGAGGUGUCUCUGACGAGCCCAAUCUUCCAGCCUCCGCCUCCCACUGGGGCGUUUGCUAUCAAGGCAGACGCAGGUACCGUCGCGGUAUGCUCAGGGGCCACCGGCGAAUGCUGGAUAUACACGCAGCUCUUGCAGCCGCAGAAUGGUCAUGUCUUUGCCUGCACGGCCAAGCUGUGGACCUGCGUUCAACAGGGCCAGCGAGGAGGGAACGAUGUAGCCGAGGAGAGCGAUAAGAUGAACCCUCUCGGCACGAUCCGCCGACCGAACCCUCCCACGGCUAUCAUCGCUCUCAACGGCCGCAGGAUUGCGUACUGCCCGGCGGCCCCGUCGUCGAGCAUCGCCAUCCGAGCCCAUUUGCCGGUGCCCAUCCUGGGGAGAGGGGCCGGCGUUACCUCUCACACGCCGCCUCACCUUCCUUCGCCCACCGCUGCCGUGGAUCUCCCCAUUUCCGACAGCGUCGUCAACAAGGUGAUGCGCGAGGCUACGCAGGAGCUCAUCCAAGGCGCGAAAUGGGUCGGCCAGCAGGGCCUGCAGGCUUGGAACUCGUACUGGAAUCGAUCAUCCAGCCCGCAGGCGCAACAGUCCCAGCAGGCGCAACAGCAGCAGCCCCGGUCACCGCCUCAGCAGUGGGCUGCUCGCAACGAUGGCGCCGCGUUUCCACCGACUCAUGGAACGUCUGGACAGGCGGCGCCGACCAAGGACCCGGGACUCGUCUCCAUCGUGGAUGUCGACUCGCUGGUGACGUCCCCUUCCGUCCACCCUAUCUGCACCUUCGCUACGCCUCUGGGCUGCAGUUUCCUGUCCUUUUCGCCAUCCGCCUUGGCUCUCUUCACGGCGAGCAGCAAGGGAGACGUGCAGACAGUGUGGGAUUUGCUCCGUGUUCAACACACCCAUUCCUCGCCCCUGCAGGCGUCAUUGCCUUCUCAUGAGAGCGUCGGCCCUCUUGUUCGCCAGAUUGCCCAGUUCUCGCGCAUGACCGUCGCGCGCAUCAUCGAAGUAGUCUGGACGGAACCGCAAGGCGACCGACUGGCCAUGGUGACCGAAAGGGGCACCGUCCAUCUCUUGGAGAUGCCGUUUAGCGCGUUCAUGUGGCCACCACCGCGCAGGCGCAAGGUGACGAACCAAAAGCCUGCCGUCGAACCGCCCGAGCCUUCGAGCUCCGCCGUUUCCCUUGCCUCUGGCGCCUUUGGUGCAGCGUACCAGGCGGCCAUGCCGUUUGUCACCCGCUCGCGCCAGGGCAGCAGCAACAGCUCAAACACUGCGGGCAGCAUCCUGAAGGAUUCGGCAGCCCAGGGAGGGCGUGCGAUUGCUGCGAGCAUCACCAGCUCCCUGGGAAAGACGGGCUCCGCCAUCAGCCAGCUGCGCAACACUGGUGAGAACCGAGUCUCCUUGCCUCCCGGCAGCGCACCUCCCUCGGCAUCGUGUGUUGUCUGGAUCAGGGGCAGGCGGAGCGCUGCGCUCUUCAAUCUCGGUGGAGGACUUGUGCGAACGUAUCCCAGCAAGUCUCGACGUCACGCAGGCCACGCCGGCGGCAGGCGUAAUGCGCGCGCCAACCGGUACACGGAUUAUCGAGUGCCAUUGCUUCCGGAUGACACUGUUGCUCCGGCAGUCCGCCAGGUCCUGGAGCUGGGCACCCAAGAAGAGUAUCUGGAUCUUUCAGACGCCGAAAUGGACGUUGGAACGACGCUGACACUCAAGGGUCGCCCACGCGUGGUUUCCAACACUCUCCAUACCAUGGGCGAGACUAUUCCCCAGGCGGAGAUUGAGUGCAGUGCGCCAUAUCAGCCUUUCCACACUGACAGGCGCGUCGUUCUUUGCGAAUACACUCCUGGCUACGGCAGUCAGCUCGAUGGGAUGCCGGAGUCUCUCGCACACUCGACGUCGGAUGCCACGGCGGCGUCGGUUUCCAAGAAGGCCAAGAAAGCCCAGAACUUGGCUGCAAACGCACCAAGCGGCACGCAAGGUGCGUCUGCCUGGGCGUUUGGGCAGGACAUCUCCGUCGUCAAGCUGGACCUGGGGCUCCCCUCUGCUUUUGAGGACGAAUACGACGACCCAGAGGACCACCGACCCCUGCCUGCAUCUGCCAUGGAGCGUGUCAUGGAGUAUGGUGAUUCCGAGCAGAUUGUCGUCACAACCAGGCGACGACGCGGAGCCCACCAAGGAGAUCCCGAUGGUGACGGAUUCUUUGAGGACGACUGCGAGGUUCUCGACUUUGCCGACCAGAGAGUCUAA